AUGGAAAAGCCACGCCUUCGCGAGGUCGUCAUGGGACUUCUCGACCCUUGGCACUUUAUGCUUGUAUCGUGUUCUUACAUCCCAUCCACCAUCUUCCACUUGUAUGCGACUUCCAGUCUGGCUGCACUUUUGUCCUGGGAUGCAUUUCAGAGCGCCUGGUUCAGCAAAUUCUGGGCCUGGGCUGGUCCGCGCAUCCGCGAGGGGAACGGACCUCGCAUUACGGCCCUCCUCGAAGGAAGGGUGACCGGCGCUGAGGUUGUUGAUGAGGUGGUGGGUGAGCCAAUUAGCGGGGUAGUGCUUGAUAUCGGCCCCGGCUUGGGCUACUGGGUUGAUUUGUACGCCCGCACCGAUGUUCCCCUUAACAACGAAGACGCAAGCCUGAGGAAAAGAGAGGGUAAGGGAAAGGGCAUCACUAAGGUUUAUGGCGUUGAGCCGAAUGCACAGGCUCACUCCGGACUCCGACAGCGUGCAAACGCAGCCGGCCUGGAGGGCGUGUAUGAAAUCUUGCCAGUGGGUAUUGAACACAUUGCGAAAGAGACAGUCGUCAAGAAGGGCAGUGUGGAUGCGAUUGUCUCGCUGCUCUGUCUGUGCAGUAUCCCUGAGCCCGAGAAGAAUAUCAAGGAACUACACAGCUACUUGAAACCUGGCGGAAGAUGGUACCUUUAUGAGCAUGUGGCGACCAAAGCAUUUUGGCCGAUGCAAAUAUACCAAAGGUUUGUCAACUUGUUCUGGCCACACGCACUUGGCGGCUGCCAGCUGUGUAGAGAUACCGAGAAGACGCUACGAGAGGCAGGACCGUGGUCGAAGAUAGACCUCAAACAGCCGCCUAUAGAGCCGUGGUAUGCUGUUGUUCCUCACGUCUUUGGAACUCUGACGAAGUAG